CUUCUCCCGCCCUUUACUAUAUUUCGCACUCUCAAACCCUUCCCCUUCAUUUCUUCCUUAUCUCCAGCUAGGAAGGACCUUUGUUUCGAAGUAUAUCCCGGCCUCUCGGGUUCGAAAAGUCUUCUCAGUCUUCCCAUUUUCGUCGGACCGAGCCGUUUGACGUGAAAGACAUAGAUCAUGAGAGACGAGCGAGGAGGAGGCUCCGUGUUCAUCGAGCACAACAGCAUCCCACGGCCAAAGUACAAUAAUAACCCGACCAACUCCGACCCCAACAUUACCGCGUCGGUUGUCCCAGGAGGCAUGCCCGACGAUGACUUCCCCAACCGCCACAGCAGCGUGUCGAUGGCCAGCCCGGCCUUCUAUGACCACGCCCGCCUCAGCGGGGAGGGCUCCCCGAUGAUGAUGUCACCCUGGAACCAGACAUCCUCUUCCCCCUUCACCAAGUCCGCGUGCUGGUCUACCGGGUACGAGGACGACACCAACAGCGGCAUCCCCCAGAACAGCCUCAUCGGGUCCCUCGUCCGUGAGGAGGGCCACAUCUACUCCCUCGCCGCCUCAGGCGAGCUCCUCUACACUGGCUCCGACAGCAAGAACAUCCGCGUGUGGAAGAACCUUAAGGAGUUCUCGGCCUUCAAGUCGAGCAGCGGCCUUGUCAAGGCAAUCAUAGUGGCCAAUGGCAAGAUCUUCACCGGCCACCAGGAUGGGAAGAUCCGGGUUUGGAAGGUGAACCCUAGGGCCCCGAACGUCCACAAGCGUGCGGGGACACUCCCCACCCUCAAGGACAUAUUCAAGAGCUCCAUUAACCCUAGCAACUACAUCGAGGUGAGGAGGCGCCGAAGCGCCCUCUGGAUCAAGCACUCCGAUGCAGUCUCCUGUCUGAGCCUGAACGAGGAGGAUGGACUGCUCUACUCGGCAUCCUGGGACAGGACGAUCAAGGUCUGGAGAAUGUCCGACUCGAAAUGUCUGGAGUCGAUCACUGCCCACGACGAUGCCGUCAACUCCGUGGUGGCCAGUGCUGAUGGGCUGGUCUUCAGUGGGUCCGCCGACGGGACAGUCAAGGUGUGGAAGCGCGAGACCCUGGCAAAAUCCACGAAGCAUGCGCUCACGGAGACACUGCUCAAGCAGGAGUGCGCCGUCACGUCGCUGGCGGUCAACAAGACGUGCUCCGUAGUGUACUGCGGGUCCUCAGACGGGCUGGUCAACUACUGGGAGAGGGCGAAGGAGAAGCAGCAGUUCUCGCACGGCGGGGUCCUGCGGGGCCACAAGCUCGCCAUCCUGUGCCUGGCGGCCGCAGGUUCCCUCGUGCUGAGCGGGUCGGCAGACAAGACGAUUUGCGUGUGGAGGCGGGAGGGGUCGAUCCACAUGUGCCUGUCCGUGCUGACGGGGCACAACGGGCCAGUCAAAUGCCUUGCAGCGGAGGCGGAUCCGGAGUCCACCAGGAGCGGGGACCAGCGGUGGAUCGUCUAUAGUGGCAGCCUCGACAAGUCAGUGAAGGUGUGGAGCGUGUCGGAGCUGGCGCCCGACCUCAACAGCAUGCCGUUGAUGCAGCAGCACACGCCACCCCCUCUUGCAGACGGGGACUCGCUGCCGCCGUCGGACGACAGCUUCUCUUCAUCGGGGGGGAAGGCCACGAGGCUCUGACCAAUCAAACCCUCUCUACCCCCACAGAAGACGCGGUCAUAGAUGUUACGACACAUGUCAACGACAAUAAACUAAAUAAAAAAUGAAUUUCGCGAUUUCAUUGACACAUGUGAGGGGGGAUGAAUCUAUGUUUGCUGGGUAGCAUGAUCUUGUUGUGGGGAUUGUUGUUAGGGCACGGAACGAUGGUGUUAUGUCUAGGGGAAGCGUUUGCCUACCUCAUAUGCUGCUGGAAAGUGACAGUGGAAGAAGACUUGAGAAUUUUCUAUAUGGAAAUUCUUAAAUGGUAUUGUAAUGUUAAAGCUUAUGGGAAUGGACAUGACAAUGGACCUACUCUACUUGUAUUGUUUUUUCGGACGUCUUUCUAUCUAUAUGUAUAAGUCGGGGAAAAAGAAACUAUUAUAUGUAACUCAUUCCGGUC